AUGUCUGAUCUUGCUCCUCCGGGGAGCAGCACAUACAACUCGGGCACAAUGCAUGUUGGUGAUGGCACCUGGGACGCAGGCCGAGACUCAUUUCUGCUGCCGAAUCUGGUCGGUCUCAACUUUGCAACGAUGAGAUAUAAUGGAAUGGGCAAUCGCUUCUUUUCACUCAACGGCUACCACAGUCUAAUCAGAGCGCAUGCUGUCAUAGCAGCCAUAACAUUCCUCGGCCUCAUUCCCGGAGCCAUUCUUCUACAUCGAUUCCUCGGCCGGCAUGAGUUCUGGGCCAGAAGAUUGCACAUAUGGCUAUCGAUACUAGCACUGCUGCUAGCCACCGUCGCUUUCAUCCUGGGCUUCAUUGCAGUCGGCCCGGAGCGAAGUCUGAGCAAUCCUCAUCAUGGCAUCGGCGUAGCAUUGUACACCUUGCUGUGGUUCGAAGCCAUCAAUGGAUGUCUGUGGAGGAAUCGCAAGAAGAACAGGCUACACUGGCCGCUGAGCUUGAUGAUUCAUACAUGGCUGGGUCGAGCGACUGCGCUGCUGGGCAUUGUUCAAGUGCCCUUGGGCCUGACUCUGUAUGGAUCGCCAGCCUUCCUCUUCGUUCUGUACACCUUGUGGGUAUUUGGUCUGCUCGUACUUUACUUCGUACUGGAAUGGGUUGCCGGUCGGCGGAUCGAACGCCAUGGCGGCUAUGGAACAGGCUAUGGAGGGAGCGAUGCCAGCUACUACACCGAACAUGUCACCACAAGACCAGGCAAGAAGGAAGGCGGUGGAAUGGGCAAGUGGCUAGCAGCUGGAGCCGGAGCAGUUGGACUAGCUGCACUAUGGCGACGACGAUCAGAUCGAGAGAACCGAGAGAAACGACCGCAUCCUGGCGUAGGAACCGAAUCGAGUGCCUCGUCAUGGUGGGAGAGCGAAGAAGAGAAGCAAAGACCUCAGAAGCAGAGAACUGGCUUUGGAACGCGGCUUAUGGAAGUAGGCGCGGUUGCGGGAGGCGUCGCCGCCGUCAGGAGCUUGUUUGGGCGCAAGGAACGCGACGAUGCUUCACACGUUGGUCCCUACCGGCCUCCUCUCGGCGGCAAUACCUCGUACACGAGCACUUCCGACUCAAUGUCGCGAGUCGAGGAGGGCCUACCUCACAGACCCGUGACGCCAGGCGGACCGAGCCCUGGUCACGUCAGACCGUCUCAUCCACUAGCCCAACCACCUAUGACACCCGGCUCUGCCACACCUGGCGCUCCGUUGACUCCUGGAAGAAGACCGUCUGACGACGCAUACUCAUAUUAUUCAUACAUGUCAGGAUCUCCAUCACAUCAGGACCGAAAGGGCAACACCAUUCGCAAUGCUCUUGCCGCGGGAGGCGCCAUGUUUGCAGUCAAGUCAUUGUUCAAGAACCGACGCCAAAAGAAGGAAGAGAGAAGAGCGGAAGAGCUUCGAAAGCAGCGACUGGAGGAAGAGAGAAUUGCACGCGCCAACUCAGCGCACAAAUACACUGGGGAUGGAGUCAGGCCACCACGAACACAUCGUCACGGUCGCAUGGGAAGUCAGACCGCAUCAGACAUGUCAAGCAUCAUGGAUGAGCCAGGCACCCUUCCCGUCGCAGGCACUGCCGGUGCUGCAGCAGCUUCUGCUCUGGCUGAUCGUAACCGAAUUCGUCCUGUUGGCGCAGAUCCGGCCAUUGUGAUGCCCGGACCACCUACAGCUAUUCCAACGAACAUCCCACCUGUGCCUCCGCCGCAUCGGUAUGGCUCCGAAUCAUCAGGUAGCGAGCUCUACACCACCGCGGAUGGUCGGCAGAAGCAUCGUCACCGAAACGAAAUAGCAGCAGGCCUUGCGGGCGCGGCCGCGGGUGCUAUGGCAACCGAUGCAAUCAACAAUCGUCGUCGACGGCAGGAUCAAAACACGGAUUCUGGCGAAACGCCACCAGUCAGCGUCCACGUCAAGCAGCAUGCUGACGGCCGCCACGUCACGCUACGAAAGUUGACCGAGGAAGAACAAGCAGCGCAGCGGAGGCGUGAACGAAGAGCUUCUGCCGCUGGCAGACGGCGGCGCAACUCCAGUUUGAGUAGCUCUGACUUGGGCGAAGUGGCAGGCAACACCAAAGCUGAUAGACGAUGGCGAAGAACGGAAGCGCUCGAAGCCCAACAAGCAGCAACCAAUGCCGCUGCGGCGGGUCCGAGCGCCGUUCAGAUCCCUGCGCCCCCGAUGCAAGUGCCAUAUCCUACGCCGCCCACACCCGGCACACAAGCUGUGGAUCCGAGGACAGGACAGCUUUACACGCUUCCAGUUCCUCCGCCGAUCCCUGGAUCAACCAGUAAUCUGGCGCCUCCCGGAAGUAUCACGAGUCCAGGAACCGAGGCAAGUAGUGCUGGAACAGAGUACGCCAACAAUAGACGAAGGCGGAGAGCAGAGCGUGCCCAGGCAAGGCUGGCGAGGGAAGGAAGGCAGGGUAACACCGUGGACUUUACCUGA